AUGAAUUUCGACGCGUUGAUUAAGGACAGCUACCGCGUGGUAUUCCGACGCGACAUUGUCCCCCAUUUACCGCCCUGUGAAAAAGUUGAGAAUGGGUCGGGUGACAGAGAAACAAGUCGUCCAUGUGAUGUCAACAUUCUCAACAAACCCUAUCAUCAUAGCACGGAAAUUUGGUAUCCGGAUUCUAUGGAACCAGGUUCGUACUAUAUCGAAUGCACUGGACAGCCGCGUGGCGAAGACUUUACUUGUUCGGAUAAGUUGAAGUUCUACCACGAUCAGUCAAAUAGCUACAUAUGGGACCAUCGGCAUUACUUUACUGUUCGAGUACCCGAAUAUGGAAAAGUAGGUUGCGAUGCUACUCAACCGGAAGGAAAACCUGGCCUCGUCGAAAAUGUUGUAAAGAGAAUUAAUCUUUUAACAAGAACUAUUGGUUUGGAAUGA